AUGAACGAAUCCACUGUGGCCGCUCUUGAGAGCCUUCCCGCAUUAUUGACAUCGCUAUCGGAGCACCCGUACAAUGAACCUCUGCACUACCAACACGUUAGAUUAUCCCAAGAAGCUGGACUUCCUCAAUCAGAAGUCAACUCUGCCCGAGAAAUGCUCACGACGUACUUCGCAGCAUCUGAUGAUAUAUGGCUUCCACUACUUGACGUGGAACUUGAAAAUGGAAAAGCAAUGAGGCAACCCUGGAAGAGAUUGAAGCGCUGUUCGAGCGCGCUGAACAGGACUACUUUUGUGACUAUCCCUAUCCUCGCGGUCCACGCAACAUUCUUGGCUCAAAGUUACGAGGCAGCGCUAAACGACGGGACUAGCUUCUUGCCUUUCAACUCUGUCAAUGAGAAACUUAAGCUCUUAGCCUCGCGUGGUGGCGAUGACGUAGGGGUUUCGCACCUAGGGACAUCGAGUUUGGAACAUAUGGCGGGACUGGAUGACAAAUGCGGUCGAGUCGUCCAAUGUAUUGUUUUCCUUGGCUCUUAUCGUUUCGCUGACAUUUCCCCAUUCUUAGGGACAUGGAAGGCAUCUGCCAGAAAUGAGAGGAUUGAACUUCUGAAGGUCGAAUAUCUCAAGAGGAUUACUACACCCCAUUCCGCCAAUCAUGAGACCUUUCAGGAAUAUUCUACUUUUGUAUCUACAUAUCUCCCUGCUUCCGAGUAUGAAUCAUCACUGGUUCAUGCAUCGCAGUCACGUCAGCCAGCUUUAGCGGCUUGGCGAAAUCGAGAACAGUAUCAGACAAAUCUCUACGAUCCUCAAAGCUUCCAGACGCAUCUUGCAGCAGAGCAACGGAAGCGUACAAAAACAUCAGACAUCAGAGUCCGCGAUCCCGCACCCAUCAUCAAUUUAUAUGAGCGCGCAAUAGCAGAUGCUGCCAAACGCAAAUCAGACGCCUUACUGUCUGGGGGUGAGGGCGAUGUGAAAGUGGCUGAGGCAUGGCUGGCUUUGUUCUGGAAAAAUUACACUUCAUUUCUGCAAGACGAAGUUGACCCUAACAAAGACAUUGUCGGAGAUAUUGCGACCGAUACUUUCGUGCUUGGCAGAGCCAUUCGUUCCCUCCCAAGCAAUAGUGAUAUAUUAGUGGCUUACGUCCAUAAUCUGGAGCUCCACGGACGUUGGGACCAGGUUAUGGAAAUGUACCAGCGUUCAACGCAGAUAUUACUUACUGCUGAAGGGAUAUCAGAUGUCUCCUUCACCAUAUCUGCUUCGAUGUAUCGCAUGAUCCGUCACCGGCAAGAUGGUGACGGAACUCUUUUCUCCGGCCUGACGGAGAUUAUCGAGGAUGCGACAAAGCGUGUUAGGGCUGCUGGGGGUGAUGACAGGCUUAAACUUGAGAAAUUGCUCGUCAAUAUUCUACUAUAUCCGUCUGGAUUGCCUCCGUCGGAUGGUGAGGAUGAUGUUUCACAUCAAGCUGCGCAGUCGGUCUGGGAGCAGGCCGUUAAGCACAACCGAAAGUCGUGGCAUGUCUGGAUUGCGUACGCAGACUUUUUAGUACAUACAAUCAAGGAUCUUCAACAAGCUAGAAAGGCCUUCAAGGACAUGCAAUCCUGCCAUUUGGCUAUCGAUUAUCCGGAAAGUGUGUAUGAGGCCUGGAUCAUGUUCGAAGAAACGUGGGGGACGGAAAAAGACUUGGAUUUCGCUCUGAGGAGGGUGCGCAAACUAACUACAGCUCUCGGUGAGAAGCGAUCGAAGGAUGCAUACAAAAACAUGCGCUCUCAAACCCAGGUCGAAAGCCAAAGCGGUUCCAGCAUUAAUCCCAUCACCCUUGCGGCUCCGGAGUUGCCUCAGCUCCAAGACGUAGAAAUGGAAGGAACAGACAAAACCACGGAGCAGUCAUCUAAGCGCAAGCUCGACGAUGAACCAGGACCUGCACCCAAGAGGUUGAAGCAAGACACUCCUCCGCCACCGCCUAAGCGGGACCGAGAGAACGCCACUGUUUUUGUUAGCGGUUUACAAAACAACGUCAGCGAUAGUGAUCUUUAUAAUCUCUUUCAGGACUGUGGUGACAUACGCGAAAUAAAAAUUAGCGCCAUAGAUCCCAAUCACUUUGCCACUGUGGAGUUCGUUGACAGUGACAGAAAACGGCUACAGGGCGGAGAGAUAUCUGUGCAUCUAGCUUGGCAAUCGACUCUAUACGUCACGAAUUUUCCCGAGAGAUAUGAUGACGCCGCGAUUCGUGAGCUUUUCGGCAAGUAUGGCACCCUAUUUGAUGUUCGUUGGCCCAGUAAAAAGUUCAAAAACACGAGGCGAUUCUGUUACGUUCAAUACGUUUCUCCGACCUCGGCCAGAGAUGCAAUUGUCCUCGAUGGGUUUAAGCUGGAUGAAAACCGACCAUUAUCUGUCGCAACAUCGGACCCACAGCGAAGAAAGGAACGCACAGAUGCUGACGCUAAUCAGCGGGAGGUGUAUGUAGCUGGGUUGAGCAAGUUUGUGGUAACAGGUGAUCUGGAAACGGUAUUCAGCAAGGCAUGCCAGCGGCUUUUGCAUGUUUUCCUCAUUAAUGACCUCUCAAUCAAGUACGGACCGGUGAAGGAGAUGAGGCUGGCAACUGACAUCGACGGUCGAUGCAAGGGCUUUGCGUUUGUGGAAUUCGGCGACCGAAUUUCGGCACUGGCCGCUCUUGCUGCCAAUAAUUAUGACAUGAAAGGUCGACGCAUCGCUGUUACGUUAGCGGACUCACGCGUUCGCACUAAGAAGUUAACUCCUGCAUCUGGUCUCAGUCGGCGUGCUGACGCGGCCCACCGAAGUGUGCGUAUUCGCGGCCUACCGUCAGGUGCUCAAGAGGGGCUAUUGCAGCAGAGGUUAGAGAAGCUUUCUGAAGGCGUGAAGCGCGUGGAAGUCUUUGCGGAUGAGGGUCAAGCGGUUGUUGAAAUGGACAAUGCGGCCCACGCUGGCAAGCUUUUACUGAUUCGAGAGUUCGACUUCCAAGGACACCAAGCGUCCUUUUCGGAGGAAAUUGUGAGCACUUCGACAAAAGGCAAAGUAGCAAAGGGGCUGCCGGUGGAUGAUUUAAUGCCGCCAUCCUCCGCUUCGUCCCGGCGGGUGAUUUAG